CUGUGUGGGAGGGGCAGAGCCUUAUAAAACCAGUCAUUACCACGUCUAAACCAUGACAACUCUCCAAGGAGCAUUUCCAGCUGGACAGCAGCUAAGAGAACAAGAUUGAAAUAAUGGAAGACCUUUGUGUGGCAAACACUAUCUUUGCACUCAAUUUCUUCAAGCAUCUGGCAAAAACAAGCCCCACCCAGAAUCUCUUCUUCUCUCCAUGGAGCAUCUCAUCCACCAUGGCUCUUGUCUAUCUUGGUUCCAGGGGCGACACUGAAGACCAGAUGGCCAAGGUGCUUCAGUUCAACAAAGUUGGAGACUAUGAUGUCACCCCAGCGAUCCCAGAGAAUUUCACUGGCUGUCAAUUCACCCAGCAGAUCCAGAAGGAAACUUAUCCUGACUCUAUUUUGAAGACACAAGCAAGAGACAAAGUUCAUUCAUUAUUCCACUCUCUCAGUUCUGCCAUCACUGCACCCACAGGGGAUUAUUUAUUGGAAAGUGCCAUUAAGCUGUUUGGAGAGAAGACUGCAAGAUUCAAGGAAGAAUACAUCAAACACUCUAAGAAAUAUUACUCUAUAGAACCUCAGGAAGUAGACUUUCAGAAAUGUGCAGAGGAAUCCAGAAAAGAAAUUAACUCCUGGGUCAAUACUCAAACCAAAGGCCACAUUCCAAACCUGCUACCUGAAGGUUCUGUUGAUGAGGCAACCAAGAUGGUCCUGGUAAAUGCUGUCUACUUCAAAGGAAAAUGGAAAACUCCAUUUGAGAAAAGACCAACCAGACAUUAUCCUUUCCGUGUGAACAGGACACAGCACAUACCUGUGAAGAUGAUGUACUUGCGCAAAAAACUGAACAUAGGAUACAUAGAGGACCUAAAGGUUCAGAUCUUAGAACUCCCAUAUGAAGGAGAUGUCAGCAUGUUCCUGUUGCUUCCAGAUGAAAUUGCUGAGGAGUCCACUGGCCUACAGUUGCUGGAAAGUGAAAUAAAUUAUGACAAUCUCAACAAGUGGACCAGCAAAGACAUAGUAGCUGAAGAUAAUGUAGAAGUCUAUAUGCCCCAGUUCAAGUUAGAAGAGCAUUAUGAACUCAAAUCCAUUCUGAGAAGCAUGGGCAUGGAGGAUGCCUUCAAUGAAGGCCAGGCCAAUUUCUCAGGAAUGUCAGAGGGGGAUGAUCUGUUUCUGUCUGAGGUGUUCCAUCAAGCCACAGUAGAUGUCAAUGAAGAGGGCACGGUAGCAGCUGCGGGUACUGGGGCCAUCAUGACAGGAAGAACAGGUCAUGGUGGUCCUCAGUUUGUGGCAGACCAUCCUUUCCUCUUCCUUAUCAUGCACAGAAUAACCAAAAGCAUCUUAUUUUUUGGCAGAUUCUCAUUGCCCCAAAAUUGAAAAAUUCUGAUUUGACACAAUGAUCUUAUAACAUGAGCUAUAAGCUUCAGAAUUGUUAACCUGAGUGCCAAAAAGAAACUUUUUCUGCCUAUUUCUCUUCUGAAUAACUUUUGCUACAUACUAAGUAUAAACUCAGAAAUACUCACACAAUUGUCAAUCAUAACAUGACAACAUCAUUAAUCAUUUGGUUUCCUAAAGCAAGGUGAUGCCCAUUAAUUUCUUCCUUACUACUAGUUUAUUUUAUAGUAUUAACUUUUAUGUGUUAUUUAUUAUUUUAUAUGAUUUUUUAAAUUAUUGUUCACUGUCUAUUUAAUAUAACUGAUACAGUUACAGAAGCAAGUAAUUGGUUAAUUUUUUAUCUAAAGAAAAGACUAAGUAAUGUCUUUCCAUUCUAUUCCAUAAUAAAUAACUAGGAAAAGCACCAAAGAAUAGGCAAAUGUAUCUUAUGUGCAUUUUUAACAUUAUAUAUCACAUAUGUGUAUCUGGAACUCAUGUAAAAAUGCAAACAUGUAAUAAAUAAAAUAAAUAAAUGUUUACACACAA